CCAAGAUUUUUAUUUUAGGACUAAAAAUUUAGAAGGUUUUGAGAUGGAGAAUAACACAAAAAAUACUACUCCAACUUCAACUUCAACUAGCAAACCCUCAAACUCAACAGUUUCAAGAACUAUCCUUUUACUUCUUAGGGUGUUGACUUUUGUAUUUCUUCUCAUUGCUCUCAUACUCAUUGUCUUAACUAAGGAUGAUGAUGCUGAAAUCAAGUUCAAAGAUAUCCAUGCUUACCGAUACAUGAUCUCCACAAUAGUAAUUGGAUUUGCAUACAAUCUCCUACAAAUGGCACUUUCAAUUUUCAGUGUGGUAUCAGGAAAUCGUAUAUUAAAUGGUGACGGGGGCUAUAAGUUUGAUUUUUAUGGUGAUAAGAUAAUAUCAUACUUUCUACUUUCCGGUUCAGCCGCUGGAUUUGGUGCCUCAGAAGAUCUUCAUAGAGUCUUCAAAGCAGCAGAACUUCCCUUAAACUCAUUCUUUGGAAAGGCUAAUGCCUCAUCUAGUCUUCUUCUAUUUGGAUUCAUAGCCACAGCCAUAGCAUCAAUUUUCACCUCAUUUGCUUUGCCAAAAAGAGCUUAGUUUGAUGAGCAGAAUGGUCUAUGAUUUAAGAUAAUUACUAUAUUCUCUUUUCAAUUUUUUAGUUUGAUUUAGUUCAUUAAGUUUCUUUGUUUGUCAAUCAAUUAUAAAUAUUUUUAUAAUGGAUUUGCAUAUUCCUUAUUUUCUUUAAAA